GUUGCAGUCUGUUUGUUUGCAUGUGUAAAUAAUGUAAACAAUAAUGCAAAUCUAAUUUCAAACUUGAAUAAAACCUUGGACGAUUUCUUCAGCUUUUAAACCUUAUAAGGAAUUUCAUGUCGACAGUACGAUUUAAAGUCAAGUUGUUUUCAAUUGUGAUUGUGUGUCUUCUAGGUUUAAAUUAUUACUAAGCGUACGUACUACCACUGAGAUUGUUUUAACAACUAGUUACACUUAAUUGAAUGCUCUACGUAUAUAAUAAGUUCACAGGACAAUUUGUCAACAGAUGUUAUUUCUAUAAUCUGAAUAAACCAUACAAAAAAUAUACCACUAAUAAAACAGCUUAACUACGAGCAUAUAGCGCCACUGACUUGUGAGGUAUUUCAUAGCGGAGUUGAUAUUCGUGCCGGGAGGACUUCUGUUCGGGUUUAGGCUUGAGAUGGGCUUCAGGCAGACAUGUAGACGUAUACUUGAAUGGAAAAACUUAUUUGUGAUCGUUCUUCUACCUUUGAUUUUACUGCCACUGCCCUUGAUCGGACAAACAUCGGUGGCAAAAUGCGCAUACGCAGUGAUAAUAAUCGGGGUGUACUGGGUGUUGGAGGUCAUGCCGAUCGCUGUGACGUCACUGAUUCCUGUGUUUCUAUUUCCGAUACUUGGCAUCAUGCCGUCGUCUGCCGUCUGCAAGAAUUACGCCAAUGACACAUUGAUGUUGUUUUUCGGGAGUCUGGUCGUCGCUGCGGCAGUUGAACGAUGGAACCUUCACAAGAGAAUCGCCCUGAGAGCCCUCACUCUGGUCGGCCCCGAACCCAGAUGGUUGAUGCUAGGAAUCAUGCUGCCCACGUGGUUCCUAUCAAUGUGGAUGUCGAACACGGCCACCACCGCUAUGAUGAUUCCCAUUCUCAACGCCAUUCUUGCCCAGAUCAAAGAAGUCAAGUGUCAAGUUGUCGCAGAUGAAACCGAGGAGGAGUCCAUGCCUCUGAAGCGGAUGGAAAAUAAUGGCCACGUGCCCGGUAACCAUGACAACCAUGAUCAGCAUAGGGACAUCAAGGUCGUCCUAGAGAUGGACAAUAUACUAGAGCCGGGUCAUCCCGUGCACUACCAGAUUCAAGUUCACGAACCGGAAGAUCACCUUGGCGUACCAAGGAACGAGAGCAGUUCCGGUCUCAACGCCCAGGAUUUCACGUCCACUUCCCUGCUUACCAACCCGGUCGCCGACCGCAGACCAAAUACUGUUGUACCUCCUGAAAAAAUAAAGAUGGAAUCACCCAUCGCCCUGGAGAACCGCGCACAUCCGGAAAUAUCAAGGGACAAGGAGUUUAAUCAGCUGGCAAAGACGUUUGCACUGUGCACGGCGUUCGCGGCGAACUGCGGUGGCAUAGCCACAUUGACGGGAACCCCGCCAAACAUCAUUUUAAAGGGACAGGCAGAUAUAUUAUACGAGCAAUACGGCUUGGACUCUGCUGUGACGUUCGCCAACUGGAUGGCAGUCGGUGUCCCAAUUUCCCUGGCGGUGUUCUUGGCAACGUGGCUUUGGCUCCAGGUUUACGCCAUGGGCAAGAAAUGUCUAUGCUGUUUACAGACGGACGAUGAUUAUUCGCUUGUUAAAACACAUCUACAACAAGAAUAUAUUAAGCUGGGUCCUUGGAGCUUCGCGGAAGUAUUGGUGAUGCUUGACUUCGUUUUCCUCGCGGUUUUAUGGAUAAUGAGAAACCCGGUUUUCAUGCCUGGAUGGGGAAAGCUCUUUCCAGAAAAGUUUGUAGCCGACUCCACGGCGGCUAUAUUUAUGUCGGUGAUUCUGUUUUUCUUGCCAAGCCAACUCCCUCAAUUUGGCGCCAACAGAUACAAGAAGAGAUCGGACGAGCUGACGGCGACGUCGGAGUACAUUCCACUGUUGUCGUGGAAAUACGUGAACGACAAAAUGGCGUGGGGCGUGCUGCUCCUGAUGGGAGGAGGGUUUGCACUAGCGGAUGGGUGUGCGACGUCUGGUUUGUCUGAGUGGUUAAGCGAAAAGCUUACUGUGUUUGCGAGCCUCCCACCCUGGGUGACGUCCUCCCUGCUGGCUUUCAUUACCGCGGCCAUCACAAACGUGACCAGCAACGCCGCCACCGCCACGCUCUUCCUACCCAUCGUGGGCGGACUGGCGAUCAAGCUGGCGAUCCACCCACUGUACUUCAUGAUUCCUUGUGCUGUGGCCGCCUCGUUCGCAUUCAUGCUUCCUGUGGGCACGCCCCCUAACGCCAUAGUCUUCUCAACAGGCUACCUCAAAGUCAUCGACAUGAUUUCCGCUGGAAGCGUCAUAAACUUCGUGUCGGUAAUGAUUGUAUGCAUUUGUCUGAACACAUUUGUGAUGCCUAUCUACGACCUGUACACCAUUCCGGCCGCAUUUCUCGCAAACAUGACCUCAGCGAAUCUCGAUCCCACGGUGAUAACGCCCCUGCUGGUCAACGGAGCUGUCCUUAAUGGAACACUAGCCUAUACAAAUGGAAUUUGAGUUCCGAAUUCAUAUCAACAUUCAUUUCCAUUGAGUGAUACAUGUGCCAUUUGUCAUAAUGGUUAGUUGUUCGACACGUAUGAACCACAUCACUGCUAACAUUAAACAGGGCAAAGGUACUAUAGUAUGUAUCAUUGUGGCGCAUUUGACGAGAGGAAGAGUGAAGGUUGUUGUAGAAUGAAUUGUAAAUGACGGCUUAUGCGUAUUACUCCUAUAUUAUUCGUGUAACUCCGACAGCAAGGAGUGCAUUCAAUUUCACGGGUGUGACUGACUAGUCGUGUGCACGGAGUUGGUUGUGAUUCAGCAUCAUACUUGAUGGUUACCCGAUCCUAGUUAAUUAGCUGCUGCCAAAUACCCAUGUGUUGCUUGCGCUAGUGCAUCUGGACAGAUACGUUUAGCCAAAAUGUUUAUAACUAUUGAACAAGUUUAAAAGAAUGCAUAACGGAAUAUAAGCUGUUAGUGUAUACUUUCCGAUGGUUUAUAGAGAUGUAUCAGGGGAAUUUAACUGUUUCAACUAGUGAAAAUAUGAGUUUGAUUUUUUUUUCAUUUUUUUUUUUAAAUUUAAAGGAUCGGAAGUAUCUGUGGUUUAGACUCAUUCCGGGUAAAACGUUUCUGCAGUGCAUGUAGGGCGGGGAAUGUCUUAGCGUUCUGGUAUUGGUCUCAUUACUAGAGCAGGUGAAACAGGUAGGUCGUGUUUACUACGUUAUUCAACUCGUCCAGGUAAUACGUUAGACUCGCUAAUGAAAUUUCCUGAACUCGUUGAAUAAAAAUUGUGUAUCCUUUAUUUCUUUGGCAGACGUUAAAGAUAAGCAAACAGGCUUUCUUGUAUAUCAAUGUUCGCUAAUGCUAAUUCAAAGUGCUUAAAGCAGCCAUGUGCUAUUUGUUAUUAUGUAAUAUGUGUUAUAAUUAUAAUGCACAUGUCUAUAAUGUCCAUGUAUUCGACAAGUGUUAUAACGUCACUACUCUACAUACAUUUGGCAUGGGUUAUAUAUAUGCCUCUUUCACUACGAAAUGAUGCACAGUGGUUAAUGACCAUCGAUUAUGUAAACAGAUUGUAUUAUUACCUUAUUUGGAAUCAUUUGAAGCUAUGCAAUCAUUGUUCAUUAUGUUCAGGUAUUCAACAUUGUAUACUCGAACUCUAUCGCAUUUCACUGCGUGUUACACAUGCUAUGUCAUUGGUAUAUCUUAAUAUAUCUUUUAUUAUUCAUUUUUUCGAAAUGAAAUUUAGUAGAAAUGUAUUUUUAUCCUGCGGCUUAGACUGAAUAUGCGUCGAUGUAAAUUUGAAUUUUUGCUUUUCAUCAUUCUUUUUAUUCUGAUUGGGCAUACCAUACCGUCAAGUUUGGACACAACAAUCAAUUUAACUAGACUUGAAAAUGUAAAAGUUGCAAAACAAUAGGUGAUGAAAUUAUUUUUGUUGUAUAUUUUUCAAAAACAAAAAUUAAGGCUUGAUUUUCAAUGGGAAAACCCCCCAUUCAAAACGUACUUUUGAGCAUUUUUAUCGAAAACCUUGGAUCUCCAGUGUGUGAAUAGAAUUUCAUGACCUGAACGAUAGUGGAAAUAUUAGUGGGUGAUAUUAUGUCGUUUCAAGAGGCUUGAAAGUGUAUGCCCAGCAACCCAACGUAUAUAUGGCUAAUAGCUGUUUUUGCAAUGUAUAGCUUCAGCUAUAAAAUUAAACCAACUACAAUCAUAAUUUAAAGCUGUAGCUUAUCAUUUAUAUCGAUGAAGCUGUUAUUUUUUGGUCUAAAUGAUAGCUACAGUUGUAACUCAUAGCUGUAGCUUUAACCAUACAGCUGCAACUAUUUUGAUAGGGCAUUACUGUCAUAUUUGGAACUUUUAAUCCUCUUUGUACGCCAUAGUUGAUAUGGGCUUAUUGCACACUGCUUGGAACCGAUCAGUAAAGGCUGUGCAAGACCCAUAAUAACAAUGUUUUGAAUGAAUAAUACCAAAGCUUAGGAGUAAACUAUCGAACAUAAAUUAUGUAGCAUUUAUCAUUCUUUGUUUUAUUUCAAUAUAUCAUUUUUCAUGUAAUUGUUAUACUGAAUAUUUAGCUACAAACAAUAUUAGCAUUAAUGAAUAUCAGACUAUGUACUAAAUGGUGUUUCUCAUACUGUAUUUUACAACAGUUGAACAUCUUUGUUGCUUUUAGUUUAACUUGAUAACCAGAAACGCCGAUAACAAAUAUUCGUUAUGUUAAGUUUUAUUCUCAGGGACACAUAUAAGGAACUCGCCUAUGAAUGCGUUUGACUGGUCGUUUUGUUUAAUCUGUUAGUAAUGCACCAGUCAAUUGUAACCACGGCUCCCCCAGGUCCGGGGAUUAGCGGGGUCUUUGACUUUUCGGUCCAGCCAAGUCCGGGUAAAAUCCCCGGCCUGCGGUGACGUUUAACUGCUGGUUAAAUACCCGCCAAAUGCUCCUGCACCCCAAGGACCCUAGGUAAGGCCCACUCAUCGCUAUUUUUGGCCCGAAGGCAAAACCACCGCAUUCACCCGGCACUGCGGGACCACCUGGAAGGUAAAAACACGAACCAUUCCCUCGGCUAUCCCCGAUAUUCCCCCGGACCUGGGGGGCGUAGUUACAAUUGACUGAUGCAUCAUAGCAAUGUGUAUAGAUUGAUACAUGUUAACUGUUCAACUAUUGACAUGGUGGAGUGUUGUUCACUGUGGUUCUUGUAUAUUUAUAUCCUCUCUAUCUACAGGUCAUGCAUUUCCACAUUGAUUGUUCGGAUCAAACGUGCCGUGUUACAUAUUUAAUAUCAAUGCAAAACUCACCAAUCAAGAACUGGGCUGGUAUUCGAGUUUGGUCUUAAUUGGAUAUAAGAACGAUGUAGCUAAUUAAACUAGUUAUUAAUAACUGACCAAUAGAGUGGAUGAAGUCAAUGCUGUAUGACCAUAUGAUUCACUUAAGCCGAAUAUUGAAUACCACCCAUAAUCACAAAAUUGUUUAACGUUUUGUUUUAUAUCUUCUUAGAACCCUGCGUCGUACCUUCAAAACUCUUAUAUCGUUUAUCAUGAAUUCUGCCAUUUUAUGUGUUUCGCAUUUUCACGGCGAAAGGGCUUAAAUGCUAAAACACGACGGAAUGAACGGCCACUUUAUCGCAGUAUCGCCCUUUCGCCACGAACAUGAGAUUACACCAAACGGCAUGAAUCAGUCACCAUAGCAAAGAGGUUACAAAACAUAACCUCUACUUGAAUGCGCAGCUACCUGUAAAGGUUAAACGGGGCGUUGGCCCAGUGGCGGCUGAACGACUCGUGCAAAACAUGGUAUCCUCGUGAUUUUGUAAGUCACUAUGCAGGUGUCCACUCAUACUGGUAUUUGUAAAUCACAUGUUAUACAUGUUUCCUGGAGACUUUCAACAUUUAAAAUGAACACGUACUUACAGGGGUUCUUACAAAUAGUGCACGCUUAAAUGUUCGAGUACAAGUACCGAUUUGCAACUUUUGAAUUAUUCACGUUUUAACCGCGCAAUGUACAUAGGUUUUUUUAUCAUCAUAACACCAUUGUGCAAAGAUUUCUCCUGCUGUUAUUGUCACCUGUUUUGCUCAAACAAUUGUAACAUGACCAGAAACUGUACAAACUCACAAUAAAAGUUUUACAAAUA